UUUGAUGGUGACAGCUGUAUCACGUAAAAGGCCCAGCCAAAAAGCGCCGAUACGCUUUCUUUAUUAAACCAAACGCUGGAUUCACGCAAUUACACCUCGCUUACCUUCAUUUUCUCCAACUCGGGAUCUACCGGAUGUCAGUCGGAUUAGCUCGUAGAUUUUCAGGUUGAUGUUUGCUUAAGAUUCAUUUGGUAAAACAUCACAAGCUAGGUAGUUACCCUUUAAUGGUAAGCUUUAUCAGGUGUGUGUUCAAAAUUUUCAGAAUGGAGGUAGCUGCUGCUAGUUAAAAAUAAAGUAUGUGUGACCAUCACUCUUAGUUGGCUGAGAAUGUGAAUUUAGAGGUAAUUUUUUAAUCAAUUUCCAUGGGAGAGCCACCUUACAGUUCUGGUUUAAGUGGGAAUUCUGAAGCAACAUCUGUUGCUGCUAGGAAAAAGGUUUAUAAGAGAAAUUUAGGUACUUCUGAUCCUAAACCAUUUCCACAGAGUGCUUAUAAACUCAUAGCUUCACUGGGCUAUAGUAAAAAUGGCGGAGGUGCAGUUGGUCAUGCAGCAAUUUUUGUACUUAAAGUUGCUGCCUUAGAGACAGUACGAAGAGUUUCCAGGUCCAAGUGUCCCCCUCUAUGGCGUGGUCUUCAGGCUUUGCAAGUUCUUUGCUAUCCACCUUUUAAGUGGAUUCAGAGAUGGGGUCCCUUGAACAGUUUGGUCAAAGGCAUGCAGAUGUUCUCAAGGCCUUUAUUACUCUUAUCAGUUGCAACAGCAUUCUCUGAACAAUCAGACAGCGAUAUUGAAACCUCAAAUGAUGUCAGUGAUUCUCAAGCCCAUUCAGAAAUACAGUCUGAGUCAUCCCUUGUGCAUUCUUCUCUCGAUACAAGGACUACUGAUGAGAAUGCUCAAAGUAUUGAAUCUGAAAAUUGGUUGAUGCAACUCCUAAAAGAGCUAGAAAACCAAGGCAUGACGAUACCAGAAAGAAUUAAUGAGGAUGAGCUCCAUAGAUUUUUUGCUGCUGCAAAUGGGGAUUUAUCAUGCUUCUUACCAUCAAUUAAGAAGACAAUCCGUUGGAGGGAGACUUACAGAAUUCUUUCAGAACAAGAGCUUGAGAUGUGGUCAAAUAUGGUUUUCUGGCAUGGAUUUGAUGUGGAGAACAGGCCUUGCCUCAUUGUACGCCUUGGACUAGCUUGCCUCAAUUUGCCAUUUCAUGAGAGACCUCGCUUUGCACAAGCAGUCAUCUCUCAGGUAGAGCAUGGAGUUCUUCAUUUGGUUAGCAAGGAUAAUCCUCAGAUUACAGUUCUUGUGGAUUGUGAUGGGAUAUCACCAUUGAGACUUCCUAUGCAGAUGAUGAGAUCCUGUUCUUUGCUCCUGCAAGAUAACUUCCCCAAUCGUCUUGGCCAUUUGCUUGUUAUACGGCUUCCUCCGGUUGUUCGAGUUAUUGCUCAAACUUUUAUUCAAGUUCUUAAACCCAUCACUCGAAAGAAGUUGAGAAUUGAGGGAAAGAAGUACCACAGGGUUAUUUUCGAUUAUCUUCAGAAUCUCCCAUCAUAUCUAGGUGGCAACUGCACUUGCAACAUAUGUUCAAACAUUAGAAUCCAUGCCAUGCGACAGCCACAGGCCAUAAAUGAGAUCGGCAGGAUAGAUUCAACAGAAUUUGUUGGUGAUGGUGAGGAUCUGCCCUCACCACAUCUGAAUUUUGAGGCUGAUGUUCCCAUAAUUGAGAACUGGGACCACAUGUGGAGAACUGCUGUGAUUGGUGUCCUCAUGGUGUGGGUUUUUUUAGCUUUGGUUGCCAUAUUAUAUGAUCCUGAAACCUGGCUCUUCUAGUCUCUUGGUGUUGAUGCGUCUGGCUAGUGACUUUGCCUCAAUUUUCAGCAAUAUGUAUGGUUGAACGUAUGUUUCAGAAGCUACUUUGAGGUGGCUUUGUUGAAAUGUACCUGCUCAAAUGGCGGGCAGGGAUCUUUGCAUCUUUGGUUUCAUCUGUUCUUGUUAUUGGGCUACAACUGUAUUUCCUUCAUAUCAGGUCUGAAGAAAUGUUUUCAUGCAUAAAUGGCUGCUGUUCCCUCAGAACCUUUUCUUUUAUUUUUAGUUUUUAUGAUUAUGAACAAAUGGAUGGACAAUAUACACAGUUUAUAACAUUAGCCAUAGAAAGGUUAUGGCGCCGUAGUAGUAGCUUCAACGAUAGAGAGAAAUCAGCCCUCUGCUCUCUCGCGAGCGUGUAUGAUAUUUGUUUUAGACGUGGCUAGUAAUUUUUGCAUCUACAAGCUGCCAUUGUUGUGGUGGGUAGGUUAGUAAUCCAACCUUGGUUACGUCUUGCAUUGGACUUCAAUACAUUUUACUGUUUUGCUGGUAAUAGUAAAUGGUUUUACGUUGUGUUAA